AUGUUAGGCGUUUUCGUUUAUUUAUUGGCUGGUGAAUUCUUUGCCGAAGACAGCCCUCAAAAGAUCUAUAGCACCGCUCUCGCCUUAGUGAGAGAGGAUGGCCGUUGUCAGGAUUUAUUUGGUCCUAAAAUCGCAGGAUUUGGGGAAGAGACUUCCCGAGGACGACGGCGUCACGUCGCCCAUCACAAGUAUGAAAAGGACGGCAGACAACGAAUUCGAGUUCUUUUCCAUCUGAAG